GAUGCUUCACCCGAAGGACGGACGGUCCCUUCGCCUCCGGCUCAGUGUCUUGAGUGUCUCGGCUCUCCAUCUCACUGUUGUCUUUCUUCUUCUGACACACUCUUGUGCAGCUCAGUCUCAGCUGAUUGGUCCACCUCAGCCAAUAGUGGUAGUAGUUGGAGAUGAUGUCAUUUUGCCGAGCCACCUGGAUCCUCCCAUGGAUGUUGCUGCCAAGACAGUGGAGUGGGCGAGAUCUGAUACCGCAGAGCGCAGAUUUGUCCACGUGUGGCGCGGUGGACGGGACUUUGUCCUCAACCAACACCCAUCCUACGAGGGAAGAACAUCUCUGUUCACAGACAAACUGAGGAACGGAGACGUUUCACUGAAACUGUCUGAGGUGAAACUCUCUGAUGAGGGAAAAUACAGAUGCUUCAUUCCCUCAUUACAUAGAGAAUCUUUUGUCGAGCUUGUCAUUGGUGCUGCCUCCUCUCCUGUCAUCCACACGAGCAAAAGCAGCAGUGGAGUGAGACGAAGAUGCACCAUGAGGAGGAAGGAGAAGAAGAAGAGAAGACCAGAUUUUUAA